UUCUUCCUCUUCAAAUGCAAAGCUGGAAGACGACCCACUUCUGCUCUGCAGCCAAGAGUACUUCUAGAUAAGCCGGUGAUGCACUCGUCACACCUAACCCAAUGAGAUGGUCACGUGGCAUUUCUUGAAAAACUUCCCAGUCGACGGGCCCUCUUGGUGCGCGUACCGAGAUCAAAUAAAUUUUCAGAGCUGAUACGACGGGUUUGUGCUGAUUUGUCAUUCUGUUUUUUUUUGUGAACAAAUAUUUGAAAGAUAUAUAACAUGCCUCGAGAAGAGCGCGGAGGAAGCAGAGGCGGCGGGCGAGGAGGACGGGGAGGACGAGGAGGAGGAGGUCGAGGCGGACGCGGAGGAUCGAGUUCGCGCGGCAGAGGGGGGUUUACUAGAGGUGGACGGAGCGACAGUCGGGGUGGAAGAAGUGACGGCCGAGGUGGACGAGGAGGCGGACGAGGCGGUGGAUCAUCGUUCAGAGGCGGUCGUGGACGCGGGUCGUUUGCAGACUCGAGAGUGCAGCGACGGCCGAGGGAGAUUGUGUUUGACAAGGAAGCUCGAGAGGAAUAUCUUACAGGAUUCCACAAACGAAACGUCGAGCGCCGCGAAAAAGCAAUCGCGAAAGCGGUCGAGCAUGAGAAAGAGGAGCGACGCGAGGAGAGGCAGGUGCUGCGGCAAAGGAGGAAGCAGGAGCUUGAAGAGCGGGUUGAGUUUGCAAAGAAUUUAUACGGUGGAUCGGAGUUGGAUCUGGGAUACGACUCAAGCGACGCUGAAAACGGAGACUCAGACGCCGAUCUCGAGGCCGAAGAGUGGCACGGCAUUCAAGACGAGACCGACGCAUCGACAUCCGCGGCUGUUGAAGAGAACAAAGCAUCAAUCGACAAACAGGAUGAAAUCAACGGGAUCCUAAAGACGGGCAAGAAAGUCGUGCAGACGUAUGACGCUGUGUUUACGGAGGACACAGUCGAGGACGACGAAGGCCAGACUACGACUGUCGAGAUUGAGAGCUACGAUAUCACAAACGAGCAGCCCGCGCCUUCUACUUCUCUGACUGUCUCGUCUGCGCGCAGCGGCACGAAGGAGUUUCAGUCAGACGAGGAGAUCCUGCACAAGAGCUUACUACGGGCGGCGCUGUACGCCGAGCGCGUGAAGAAGAUUAAUAACGGGAUCCCGGUGCCGCCGAAGCAGAAGAAGAAGAAGUUUAGGUAUCUGACGUCGCAGGAGAGGAAGGUGAAUACGGUCAAAGAGCGGACGAAGGGUAGACGAUGAAUGUGUAUAUAGAGUAAAAGUUGCUAUUGAUUAUUUCUGAAGUGUAGACAGCUGCCUUUGCACAGCACAUGGAUAUGACACAGCAUGAUAGUAAUUCAUUGCUGACUUCUAGAUCAACAAAUUCUCUCUCAAAGAGCAUUUGCGUAGACCACGAGACAUAUCUGACAGUAUACCGCCCUCUGUAUCCUCUAUCCUCCCUCUAUCCUCCCUCUUAGCGGAAGCGUGUCAGCACACUCCUCACCACUCUCUCCAAGAGCAUCUGCAUCUGACCACUUCCCAUCUCUCGUAACAGCGACCAUGUGAACACAGUCACGAUCCUCUAUUCUGCGCAUAGCUCUAGGAGAGUGGGUGGGGGUCCGACAUCCGA